AUGUUGUCAUCAGUGCCCAUUUGUGCUGCUCUCCGGUCCAAAAGCAACGGCAAGUACCUGCGCUACUCUGCGAACGACGGCAACGACGCGGCCAACAGCCAGCUCCUUCGGCUCAUCGGCGACGACGCUGAGAGCCCGCUCUCGAGGUUCUACGUCGAGCCGUCGUCCAAGAAUGACGGGCUUGUUCAUAUCAGGUGCAGCUACAACAACAAAUACUGGGUCGCCCAGCAGGGGCAUGCUGACGAAUGGAGGAUCGCCGGCAGCGCCGACACGCCAGAGGAGGACCUGUCCCAGCAGUCAUGCACGCUGUUCCAGCUCAAGCAUGUCAAAGGCGAUCUCAGAACCACCAGGUUCUUUCAUGCUCGGCUGAGGAAAUAUGCUGGCAUUUUUUCCUCUGACUCGAAAUGGGCAAACGAGAGCAACCAAGACUUCUUGUGCAUGGGAGACGAAGAACAAUCUGAACAAUUUGUUCUUGAGCUGUUCCAAUGGAUGUUGCCCAAAUAUGUGUGCUUCAAGGGUGAUAAUGGCAAGUACCUCAGCGCACAGUCACUACACAACAAACCAUUUCUGGUCUUUGAAUCCGAGGAUAUCAAUGAUCCAACCGUGAGGCACACUACCACGGCCAGUAGAGAUGGUACCAUAAGGAUAAAAUCUGAUCACUUCGGACGGUUCUGGAGGAACUCUGGCAGCAGCGGCACAGGGUCAUGGAUACAUGCAGACUCCACCGACGACACCAGCAACAACGACGACCCCAACACACUGUUCCAAGCGUUUUAUACCGGUGGAGCAAUUGGGAUUCUGAACCAAGGAAGCAACCAGUACUGCAAGAGGCUAACGACGAAAAACGUGGAGCACGGCCUCUCUGCUACCGGAACUCGGUUUGAGGCGUGGUCCAGACUGCAGUUCGAAGAGCCUGUCGUAUCCCGGGAGAUCGACCACGUCCAUUUCAAGGACGUGCAGGCGGUGAUCGUCGGCGACGACAGGUACACUGCUCUCGCGACGGCGUCGGUCACCAACACCACCUCGUCGACCAUGCCCGCCGUGAAGCUCGCCUUGGAUUACACGCUGGAGGAGACGUGGGGAUGGUACUCCACGGUGACGCUCAAGUCGCCAGUCCGGACCUCCAUCACCUCGCCGUUCGUGUACGUGCAGUACGGCUUCCUGGCGAUGUCGCCGCGGUUCUUCCACGGGCUCAUCAGCUGGGGAGCCGACCACAAGAAGCACUCCAAGGUGAGUGAAGAGUACGUCGUUGACGUGCCGCCGAUGACUAAGGUGACAGUAACCUGCCAGGGAGUAGCGGCCAGCUUUGAGGUGCCCUUCUCGUACCGGCAGACUGACAAACUGAUAGACGGAGAGGUGGUCACCCUUCAAUACGAUGAUGGCAACUUCUCCGGUCGGAAUGUCCACAGUAUCUAUUACGUGACCAGAGAAGAAAAGAUUGGUCAUCUCCCUUCCUCUCGGCAACUUCGGGCCGUCAGGAAAUUGGAUCCAAUGGUCUCCGUCGUCGCCGCCGGUGUCGACCUCACCAACGGGAGGAACGUCAACGUCUGGAUCUUGGCUCCUGCGUCGGGCGCUGCAGCGGAGAAUGCCUCCGUGGCAGCGGAGGCCUCGAGUCGUUUCCAUGGAAUGCUUUGCCUAGUGUUUGUUUGGUUCACCUCAUUCUUCUCUCUGGCUCGGACACUGUCACGAGAGCACGCCGAUUCUCUCUCUUCUUGCAAUUUGCUUCUAAUCAUUGUUCCACCUACUGAAGCUGAACUUGCAUUUCCGAAUGUCCUAUCUCAACAGAGGUCGAGCAGAGCACGGUUGCUGGGUUGA